UCCAUGUUAGCUUUGGAAAGAGAAGCACAGGAUCAUCAGCAUGAUGUGGCAAAAAUCAUCGCCAGCGGAGCAUCCGACGUGGAAAGGUUCUAUGCUGGUUCCAACAUAUUUCUCACCGGCGGCACGGGUUUUAUCGGAAAACACAUAAUUGAGAAGCUUUUUAGGUGUUGUAAUGUGAAUAAAGUUUAUUUAUUUAUACGAUCAAAAAAAGGAAAAAACAUACAGCAACGAAUUGAUCAAAUUCUAAAAGAUCCAGUCUUUAUUAGUUUACACAAAUGUAAACCAGAUUUUGUGACGAACAUAAUACCGAUUGAGGGAGACUUGAGUAAGAAGGAGCUAGGCAUUGGAGAUCUUGAUCGGAAUAUCAUAACCGAGCAGGUGAAUAUUAUUUUCCAUGCAGCUGCAAUCGUAAAUUUUGACGAGAUUUUAAAGGUUGCAACGCUGGUCAAUGUCCGAGGCACCAGGGAGAUAGUUCGCCUCGCUAAAUGUUGUAAACAACUAAGGUCUAUAGUUCACGUAUCGACAGCAUACAGUCACGCCUCUAAGAGUCGAGUGAGAGAAGAAGUAAAAGAACAGUUUUAUGACAGUCCUAUACCACCGAAUGCUAUUAUAGAGAUGGCCGAAACUAUUGAACAAAAUAAGUUGGAAAAUAUGAUGCAACCAUUAAACAAAGACUUUGCGAAUACAUAUACAUUUACUAAAGCAGUGGCGGAAGAAGUCAUAAGAACUGAAGCACGAGGCUUACCUAUAUGUGUUGUUCGACCAUCCGUUGUGAUAAGUUCAUACUCUCAACCAUUACCAGGCUGUGUUGAUCCUUGGAAUUUAAACAGCCCCAGUGGCUUUCUGGCAGGAAUUUAUGCAGGAAUAAUUCAUUCCGCGAGAUCCAUUAGUGAUAUAGUCGUAAGUAUGGUUCCCGCUGACAUUGUGAUAAAUACAAUAUUAGUGGCUGCUUGGAAUAACUCGAAACGACCUAACCAUGAAAAUACAAAAAUUUAUAAUAUAACCGGCAAUAGAAAUCCGUUACAAUGGGGAUACGCUUGUAAUGUCCUUGAUUGUGCAAGAUAUCUGAUUUCUUCGCGGGCAAUAUGGUAUUGCCAUCUUAUACAAACGCCUUACAAACUACCAAGUGUAGUACUUUUUUGGCUAUUACAUUUUAUUCCUGCAUUCUUUGUGGAUUUUGCGCUCAUAUUAACAGGGAAACGUCCACUACUGGUAAAGGUAUAUAAAAAGAUAUACAAGUUGACAUCUGUGUUCGAAUUUUUCAUGAACAAUGAAUGGAAAUUUCAAGAUGAUAACACGCUCAAUCUUUACUUAAACCUGUCUAAUAUUGAUCGAGACAUUUUCAACUGUGAUAUGGCAACAAUUGACAAUAAAGAAAUGAUACGUAUUUGGGCGUAUGGUGUUCGGAAGUAUAUUAUAAAGGAUGAUACUUUUAAAAAUGCUGAUCAAGUUGCAAGAAAACAAUUUUGUUUGAAAAUAUUGACAUAUUUAAUAUUAGUAUUGUAUGUUUAUGUGUUCUAUAAGAUUAUAAUGACUGGCUACUUGAUAUUUACUAAAUUUGUAUAA